GUAUUGUCGUAAACUGUCGCGAUACCAUUCGGUGUACAGCGCUCGAGUUUGCGGCAGUACUGAAUGUCCUUGCGAAGCUUCCAAACAUAUGGCCCUGUAUGAAAGACAUCCGCCCAUUUGAGAAGAUCCCCUACAAAGAAUAAAAGAAGAAGAACCCAAGAUGUCUUCCAACUUUCUGAAGAUCGGUGUUCUGCUCCAGAAGUACCGCGCCCCGGUUAUGAUGGUGAGCUGUGGCGGGUUGUUUGCUGCUAACAUGUUCUACCACACCUUCCCAGACCUCUCCUUCAGACAACUCUAUCAAGCCUGGUACAAAGGAGAGCCAGUCUCCCUGUCCGACAAACUACAAGGGCUCUUCCGGCAGGUUUUGGAAGACUACGGCGUCCGAUCUCCUGCCCGAUACUCGUGCUUUGCGUCCUUCGGCUUCCACCCUGUGGCAGCGGGCGCAGCCUGGCUUCCCGCCGGCGCACACGUGGGCCUGCCGGCCAACUUCAACAGCACGGCGCAGGACGCCGGCGGCAUCACGAACCGCAGCGUGUUCAUCAACGGCCAGGCGGUGGCGUGGGACAGCGAGGCGGGCUGCGUUCUCCGCGAUUCACUCGUCUUGUCGCCCGCCGCUCAGAAGUUUGCGGUGGCGCGGGAGGUGGCCCGGCUUGACAUCGGGGGUCCGGUGGUGAGCGCGGUGGUGGCCCCCGUGUGUCUGGGCGGGGUGUGGGUCUACAGCGUAGUCCUGAAGCAGAUGCUGGGACUCCAUGGGAGGCCGGCGCUGGUCCGCGGUGUUGCCAACCUGGCGGCGCUGGGGCUUGGGGCUGUGACAUACCUGCUGACCGCCGACACGGUCAGCCAGUGGGUGGACUACGGCUCGGACCGGCGGGCUGCCGCCGUGUCACCCGACUACGCCCGCGGAGGGGUGGAGUUCUACAACAAGCUGUUGAGCCGAAACCGGACUCUACGCGUACUGAUGGGGCAGAAGGGGGAGGAGAUGUACGCGGUGAAUGGGAAUCUGUUUCCCGCCCACCUCCUCAAGCUCAAACAUGCCCCCUACACCUCCCGGAGGGACGGACUCCUCAGCAUGCUGAAAAACACUACCUAGAGAGAGGGGGACAGAGGGGGAGAGAGGGGGACAGACAGAGAGAGAGAGAGAGAGAGAGAAUAUUCUCAUCCGUGUUCGGUUAAAGAAAGGUGACUUGUUUACCAGCUUCUCCCCCAUACCCUCCUCCAAGGUGUGGCCUGUGUUUUAAACUGAAAAAAAGAAAAUAAAUGUUUGGGGUCAUCUGAUAUCAGUGGAUGGAGUCCAGAAGGAGAUUACUUCAUUUUAUUUCUUCUCGGCAAAACCACAAAGUUAUAGAUUUUGAGAAGCUGUCUAGGAAUGACAAGGUUACAUAAGACUCACUGUUUGGGUCCUCGCAGCAUGAACCUGAUAUAAACGAUAACUCCUCAUUUCCUCUGAAUCAUACCCUGUCUUAGCAAACGGUGGAACAUUCAGACCAGAGAUAAUGUUGGGUUCACAAUAUUCUGUGUUCCGAAACACCCCAUGUUUUGUCCCUAGAAUCUUAAAUCAUAAUCUGUAACACGGUCAUAUUUUUUUAUAUAUAGGCAUUACAGAUUAUUAAGUUAAGUUAUUUUUUUUGGGCAAUUCCUUCUCGGCUUUUGACCCAUCCGAGAGAACACGUGCACACUGGCAAACUCCACGCAGCGGGCAGCCGCAGUGCAGCUGUCUUGCUCGUGGGCACCUCAUCCGUGGAUGAGGAUGUAGGAGAUUGCAGCACAACUUCUUCCCCCCCCCCCCCUAUUUUUUGUGUACCGGUCAGGAUUCAAACUGGUCACCCUCUGGUUACCAGUCUAACUACUUAACGAGUAGGCCACGGAACCAGUUGACCGUGAAUGCCUUAUUAUAUAAAAUGCAACGUACUGUACUGACGAUUGUACUCGUCUCAACUGACGACAAAGAUGAUAAAGCUGCUGGACAAAUGAUAUUCCACUAUUGUAUUUAUUGUAGUUAUUUACUUAAUAAACAAAAGAUAAGUAUAGGA